AUGAAUCUCCUCUCUCUCUCUCUCUCUCUCUCUCUCUCUCUCUCUCUCUCUCUCUCUCUCUCUCUCUUCCAAAUCUAUUUAUUUUUCAGUUUUAACUUUUUUGGUCAAUUCGUUCGUUUUGAAUCCGUUAAAAUAACUACAUUGGAGAGAAGAAAGAAAAAAGCCGUUGCAGGUAUUUCCAAUUCGGGAGAUACCACAAUGGCUUCUAGUUCUAAAGGAUCCUCUUAUCAAUAUGAUUAUCCAGUAGAAAAAUUUAAAACUUGUGAUUCUGAUUGUGUAAUAAUUUGUAAAUUUUCUGUUUUUUUUUUUUUUUUUUUUUUGCCUCCCACUCUUCUUUUUCCUCUUUUUUUUUUUCUCUUUUGUUCUUUUUUCCGUUUUUUUUUUUUUCUUUUUUCUUUUCUUUCUUUUCUUCCUCUUCUGUUUAUUUCUUUUCUUCCUCUUCUGUUUAUUUCUUUUCUUCCUCUUCUGUUUAUUUCUUUUCUUCCUCUUCUGUUUAUUUCUUUUCUUCCUCUUCUGUUUAUUUCUUUUCUUCUUCUUCUGUUUAUUUCUUUUUUUUUUCGUUCUUUCUCCUCUGUUUAUUUCUUUUUUUUUUCGUUCUUUCUCCUCUGUUUGCUUUUUUUUUCUUUUUUUUUUUCUCCGUUCUUUCUCCUCUGUUUUUACAGGUUGCUUAGCUUACUUUUUUAUUAUUUCAUUUCUUUUGCUAUUUUGUAA